ACGUAUAUGUUUCGAUAUUUUCUGUUUUCUGUACUACUCGUUUCGUGUUUACAGAGACGCUACAGAUAUUGAUUUGAAAUGCGUACAGUGUAGUGGCAUUUUAAUUUCGUUUACUUUUCCAGCGGCCAACACCUAAAAGUGUAAUUGCGCACUAAGCUUUUUGGAAAAGUUUGCUUUAUUUUGUUUUCCAAACGUAUUUACGUGAUACGUUGAAGAAGGAAGCGCGUAUAGAAUAUUCACGAUGACCUCACAUCGUCGUUCUCUUUUCUCUUUCUCUCUCAUUCAGUUAAGUUAAUCACGUUGUGUGUGACGGCAUAAAGCACUGUUUCGUGUUGAAGUAAAAAUAAGUUACACACCUUUUCAUGAGAAGUAAUCUUUGAAUAAUAUUUCGUUCUUGCGAUUGUGCUUUUGUAAUUCUUAAUACCGCUUUGACAAACGUGCGUGGCCGUGAUUAGAUUUUCGGUAUUUUUAAUAUUCAGAGUGUGACUUAUCAAAAGAAAUUUUUUAGUGUGAUUGAUUACUUCACUAGUCAACCAUAUGGGUAGUACGGCGAAUAUUAACGGAUGUUCUCCCAAAUUAAUCAAGCAGAAGUGCGAAACACAUGUUGAUGAAUAUGGACCUAAUUUAAAGUUAUUGCCAACGAAUGAUCAGGUUAAAGAAUUGCAGACGAUUUUGAGAGAUAAAAAUACCUCUAGAAGUGAUUUCAAAUUUUAUGCUGAUAGACUGAUCCGUUUAGUUAUUGAAGAAAGCUUGAAUCAACUACCAUUUACCGAAUCAAUUGUCACAACUCCUACUGGUAAAAUAUACAGCGGAUUAAAAUAUCAGAGAGGUAAUUGCGGUGUCAGUAUUGUUCGCAGUGGAGAAGUAAUGGAACAAGGAUUACGGGAUUGUUGCAGAUCGAUUAGAAUUGGUAAAAUAUUGAUAGAAUCUGAUGCUGAAACGCACGAAGCGAAGGUGGUUUAUGCCAAAUUCCCACCUGAUAUAGCUGAAAGGAAAGUCCUCCUCAUGUAUCCCAUUAUGAGCACUGGCAAUACAGCCAAGACAGCGGUCUCAGUUUUGAAAGAACACAACGUUCAAGAAGAUAACAUAAUUUUGUCGAAUAUUUUCUCCACCCCAGCGUCGGUACGGAGUCUUUUAACAGUAUAUCCCAAAUUGACUAUUUUAACUUCUGAACUGCAUGCUGUCGCGCCCAAUCAUUUUGGACAGAAGUAUUUCGGUACAGAUUAGGUUGGUCAUUUCAGUUAGCAGAAUUAUACACGAGAUAUUUGAUUGAAUUUUAUUUUCUUACUGAUUAUUUUCUAAUAUGCUCAUAUUGUGUGGUGCAUUUAAUUGUGUAUUUUUUUACUUGCAUAAAAUAUGUGUUGUAUAUGUGAUACUUUUAUAUAUAUUAAAGAAAGAUUAUGUAAA